UUAUCUUCCGCGGCCUGGAACCGUUGCAUAUGAGGAAAACUGAAGCAUCAAGAUAUGAAGAAAAAUUCUAAAAACAAUAACUCCAGCGCUUCUGAUAUAGACGUUAACUUUGUGAAUGCUGAACAGGAAAGAAAUGAGAGUCAAAAUAACUUUGUCAAACUGCUGCCUCUGGAAGUCACACUUAAAAUCUUCAGUCAGCUAGACAUUCGGAGUUUGUGCAGGGCUUCCAUGACGUGCAAGAGCUGGAAUUAUGUGAUAAGAAAGAAUGAUUCCUUAUGGAAAUCCCACUGCUUGACUGUAAGAGCUGUGUGCCAAAGAGAAAUAGAUGACGACCUAGAAAGUGGCUAUUCCUGGAGGGUAAUACUACUAAGGAAUUACCAGAAGAGUAAAGUGAAACAUGAAUGGCUAAGUGGCAGAUACAGCAACAUAUGUUCUCCAGUUAGCCUACCAGAGAAAAUCAUGUACCCCAUGGAUGCAGAUACAUGGGGGGAGAUUCUAGAAGCAGAACUGGAAAGAUAAGCAGAAAAAAAAUCAGAAACAGAUCUCCCAAUUUGGAGAGUUUAAAAUGACUCUGAGCUUGUUGUGUGAGGUUUGCCUAAAUCUGCUUAUUUUCUGUCACCUUUUAAUAUUUAAAAGUGAAAAUAGUAUAAUAGUAAAAUUUUAUUUUCUUUUGCACUAAAGUAAAAAUAUUUUCUGAUUUUAUUGUAAUGUGGAAAUCAUGCAGUGUUAUUUUUACAAGAAAUACUGAUGGAUUUGUUUCUGGAUGCAGUCACAGGACUCUCAAUGAUAGAAUUUGACUUGUAUUUUCAACUUAACGAUAUUUUGAAAGCUCGGGAAAUCACUUGAAGAAAACUGACUUUAAGAUUCAUUAAGUGGUAGAAAUAACCAGCCUCCUAGGCAAACCAGCUAAAUAAAAUGAACAUAUUUCCAUGACUAGUAAAUUUAUUUCAAUAACUUUAAAAUUUUCAUUUCAGUGGACUUCAGAUCAAAUUGUCAAAUAGUGAACAUGUCCUAAAAUUUGUUAAACCUGUGAUUUAGUUUAAAAUUAAAUCUUUAGGCAUAAA